AUGUCAACCAAUCCAGAUCCUAAUGAGCUGCGCAAAUGGACCCGAAAGAUUGAAACACUACGUGUCAUCAUCGAGGACUAUUUUUCCUUUGCUUCUCAAUACACUAGUGAAUCAAACAAUAUUUCACAGGUCAAGGUAAGACUUGACGAAAUUAGUGAAUUUUCUGAGAAAUUUGAAGAAUAUCAAGCGGAGUUAGAAAUGUUAGAUGACCAAAAGGAUAGUGCUGCGUUACUCAAAAUUGUAGAUGAGCAUGUUAUCCAUGCAGACAAUGUAUCUAGUCCAUCAAUGAACUCAGCCAGAUCUCAACAUUUAAAUUCAUUCAACUCUAUGAGGUAUCCACCAUGUGCUCUUCCUACAUUCAGUGGGCAGGCUAGUGAUGUUAUCAAAUCUAUUCCUACUACUGCAGAACACUUUCAAUAUGCUUAUAAUCUGUUGGUAAAUCGGUAUGAAAACAAGAGUGCUAUAAUCCAGUCGCACAUUCGUUCACUACUCGAGACACCCAAGAUCGUCUCACCAUCUUGUAGCGAACGGCAAAAGCUGCAUCAUCAUGUCACAUCUAACAUUAAUGCCCUCAAGUCUUUGCAGCAACCAGUCGAACAGUGGGAUGCAUGGUUGGUCACUCUCUUAUGUAGUAAAAUGGAUAGUGCUACAGUAGGUGAGUGGUAUCUACAGUAUAAGAGUAAAGAUCUGCCUUCCUACGUGGCUGUAGAACAAUUUCUAGCUAACAGAAUAACAGCCUAUGAAGCAGGGGAUAUGAAUUGCAUUUUAUUUGUAAAAUCUAAAGAAAAAGAUCUUGGCAAAUGUCCCUUAUGUACUGAGCAUCACAAACUAUAUGCUUGCAGUAAAUUCAACAACAUGAGUACAGAUGAUAGAAGGAAUUUUGUGAUGAAAUCAAGACUCUGUUUCAACUGUCACAACUUUGGCCAUCAAGUCUCCUCUUGUUAUUUUCCUCCAUGUCCUCGCUGUGGGGAAAAGCAUAAUUCAAAGCUUCAUGAGGAACAAGCAAACACCAGCAAUCAAGAUGCUUUUAUUGCCAAUGAUGAUGAUAGACCUGAGCCCUAUGCAACAGCCAUGUAUACUGAAAUUUCAGCCCCAGAAGCUGAAAAUCUAAAUGUUCCUCUAGCCACUGCCAUUGUCAAUGUAUGCGACACUUUUGAGCGCAUGCAUUCAUGCCGAGCUGUUCUGGACUCUGGUUCUCAAUUACAUUUUAUUACAAGUUCUUGUGCAAAAAGACUUAAAUUGUCUACUGUUUCUCAUACACUUAACAUUGUUGGAGUCUCUGCUAUGGCAUCAUCAGCCAAACAACUCCAAGAUACGAUUAUGGUCUCACGUUUUGUCAGUGCCUUGCCUUCUCAGACUCUCAUUCGGGACAACUUGAAAAUGCCCCAUAACAUACACAACCAGUUGGCAGAUCCAAAUUUCCAUAUUCCCGGUCCUGUAGAUGUGCUAUUAGGUGCUGAUAUAUUCUUUGAUGUACUUUAUGGUGAAAGGGUCCCAUUAUCAAAUUUAGCUUGCUUGCAUCGUACCAAGUUAGGAUGGAUAGUAACAGGCAAAAUCUCAACUCUAUCAACUUCUUGUACACUACCAAACCUCAUGAUCCACAAUCAAUCUGCAUUAUCGUUCUUCACGUCAAAGACCAAUCAACGAAUUCUUGAAGAGUUCAGAGCCGAAGAGCAUUUCCAAUCAACUUUUCGUCGGCAUUGCAGUGGGAGAUUCAUAGUGAAGCUACCAAUGGCACAAGAUCCAAAUGUGCUUGGUGAUUCAUUAGACAUGGCUCAAAAAAGAUUUUUAAAUCUGGAGAGUCGACUCCAAAAAGAUAAAAUGCUCACUGAACAAUACGAUAAGUUCAUUGCUGAAUAUAUUUCCUUGGGUCACAUGGAAUUAGCAUCACCGACCAGUCAUAAGCCUACAUAUUACCUGCUACAUCAUCCUGUGUUUAAAACGGAUAGCACCACUACUAAGAUGCGCGUUGUAUAUGACGGCUCUGCGACAUCCAAAUUACAUCACAUCGCUCUAACUGCUGAUGUGGAAAAUAUGUAUAGGCAGGUGCUAGUGUCCGAAGAAGACUGUGAUUUGCAGCGUAUUGUAUAUCGCUCGCAGCCUGAAGAACCAACAAGGCAUUAUAAACUCAAAACAGUCACAUAUGGCACAAAAUCAGCCUCUUUCCUGGCCACGCGCUGUCUCCAUGAGCUUGGUGCGCUCAUUAAAAACGCACCCAUAGGCAGAAUCAUACGUCAAGAUUUCUACGUAGAUGACCUUAUAAGUGGCGCAAAUACUGAUGAAGAAUGCUUUGAUAUCCAUAAACAAGUUCACUCAAUCCUUGGUACUGCAGGUUUCCCGUUGCGUAAAUGGUGUUCAAGUUCGUCAACCCUCCUUAACAGCCUUCCACAUAAUCAGAAGGAUCCAAAUUUUAUGAUAAAUCUUACUGAAACUGAGGUGUUGAGUGCGUUGGGACUUCUAUGGCAACCAUCGAUAGAUAGUUUUCGGUUUGCAAUGAAAAACUGGAAUGCUCCUCAACACGUAACCAAGCGCACCCUCCUAUCAGAUGUAAAUAGUGUCUAUGAUCCGCUUGGACUAUUAUCAUCAGUUUUUAUCAAGGGCAAGAUUUUUAUCCAGCAAGUAUGGAGUCUUAAAGUAGGUUGGGAUGACAUUUUAUCAGAAGAGAUAAGGUCAAAAUGGUUAAAAUUUUAUUCAAGCUUGGUUGCACUCAAUGGGUUGAUCAUACCAAGGCUCGCAUUAUUACCUGAGUCGAAAAGUUAUGAACUUCAUGGUUUCUGCGACGCAUCCCAGCAUGCCUACGGUGCUUGUAUUUACAUUCGGUCCAGUAAGCAAAUUGGUAAUGCUGAAGUUAAAUUAUUUACGGCUAGAUCUCGGGUUGCGCCAAUCAAAACCACCACUAUUCCCCGUCUGGAGUUGUGUGGCGCAUUACUACUGUCAGAGUUGGUUAAAGCGGUUAAAGAUGAAUUCUCAAAUAUAAACAUUAAAUUGUCUACAGAAAAUAUACACCUUUGGACAGAUUCAACUAUUGUUCUUACAUGGUUAAAUAGUCUAAAACCACUUCAAGUUUAG